UAGAGGACGCUGGAUGAUUUGAGACCAAUGUCUGUUGUGCUGAUCACUUCAGGGAAGCAAUCAACGAAUGGAAGAAGUACGAACAAUGUCUUUUUACAGGAAUCUACAGGCAAAGUUUUCAGCAUCACAACAGCAGGUUGUGCAAAUAUCAAAAGUGUUACUGAGUUUUUUAUGUGUUUGACACAUCUGCUUGCAGUCUAGAUCUAAAAUGAUUUGUUCGAGGUGUAAAAAAGUGUUUCAUCACCAUCAUUUUUUUUUUCGUGCACACCAUGAAAGUUGAAGCAGUAUUCAUUAUAUUCAGCACACACAGAGAGACACUAACGAAGCACACUGCUGUGGUGGAGGCCAGAGCUGUGAGGAUCAGCAGAUCAGUUUGUCUGCUGUGUGAUCCUGAACUGUGCCACGUGUAGCCUUCACUGUAGAGACCGCAGUGCUGUAGUAUAUGAUGUGUGACCCAGACUUUUUUAUUGUCAAAGUAUCUCCUUUGAGGAUGAUUUAAAGUAUAUGAUUCCACAAAUAUUGGCCUGUAUGGGAAAUUAUAUUUAUUCUACUAAUAUAGAUUUCAGUGUCUGUUCCUACAGGAUCAUCAGUAUCUGUGAUUAAAACUACAGUGGAUCUAAAGCACCAUCUGUUCCUGAUUACCUCCUACCCUCUGCUGUCUACACUCAGCCAGUUUGUAUCAUGUCUCCUCUCACAGUUGGUGAUGACUCAGCUUUGACUAUUAACAAUAUAUAUAUAUAUAUAUAAUCAAGAAUGUGUGUUACAGUGACGGACCAAUAUAAAAAUGCUGUCUUCAACCAAGUAAAAUGGUCAUCAUAGGAGUUUAAGUGUAAUUGUCAAACAAAGGUUAGAGUGAACUUUUGAAUUUUUUUUCAGCUACUGCAUUUUGAGGUAGUUGUACUAUUAUUUUCUGGUGAUACAUUGUGGUCAAAAAAGUCAUUAUAUCAUUGUUACAGUGUCAAGCACUGAGCUGUAUUAAAUUUUAAUCAGGAAUUUCUACCGUUUGAAAUCGAACUAUUUUAAGAAAGGAGCAAAAACCAAAAAUUUAAACCAAUGGAAGAAAACAUCUUUUAUUUUUUUAUUUUAAAAGUCAACGGCGUGGAGACAUUGCGUCACCACACCUGAUGAACCUAAAUUCCAAACCUGUGAGGGAAGAAGCUUGGUGCUAAAUGACACCCUGUUAGUGUUCCUCCACAGCAAGCAGUCUUUCAGCUCACUUCUCUUAAUUACAGGACCCCUAUUGGUUAAACGGAUAGCAGUGCAGGAGCCAAUCCCUGCUCAUCUAACAGCAUGCCAUAGGUCUAUGACAUGCCUGGUGUUUUUAAUGAUCUGGGGGGCUCCUUAAAAAUGUUUCCCUGCUCGUCUGUCCAAUACAGGAGAGCACGGAGGUACACAGUUUACACCGCUCAGAGCGCAGUGCAGCGAGGCCCCCCCUCAUCAAGAACCUUGGUCCAGAGAGCUGCUGGAUCCAGAGGUGAUCUCAGUAGGACACAACUACAGCACCCCUGCAGGAAGAAUAUCGAAACGCAAACAUGGCCCGUGUGACACGACCCUCCUUCAGUCUGAUCCACACAGGAUUACUGUUAGUGAUGGUCCUUCUACCAGAGUUUCUGGGGGCGGUGCCAGUGGAGCAGCACAAGGAGGAGGAAGUGACUGCAUCAGAGGAUGUGAAAUCACUUGUUCGUAACAGAAGGAACCUUCCUUUCGUUGCUGUGCCACAGUUCAAACGCCUUCCUGAUUUCUGGGGAUGGUACAAGUACUUUGUUGACUCAAACAACCAGGAAGGAGUUGAGGAUUUGGACCGUUUGUACAUGGCCUACCUCCAAAACAAACACAGGUCAGAGGAGGGGCCCACAUUCAACCACUACCUCACUCAUCUCAGUGAAAUCUACAAGUCCUGUGCCGAUUCUGAUGAUCCAGAAUGCAUCUCUGAGUCUACUAGUAAGCCUAAAGCUGCAGUAGUGAUGCCGUCCUCCAUCAAGUCUGCUGCAGUCAGAAUGUGCAACCCCUACAUCGACCCCUACUGCCUCUUUCCUCUUGCCCCCAAAGCCGCAGCUGCAGCUCCAGAGCCUGAGAAGGGUGCAGCCAAGGUUCCAGCACCCAUUCUCACUCCCAUGCUGCCCAUGCCCAUGAAGAGCUCCACCGGCUUCUACUACUAUGCCCCUGUACUGGAGCCCUUCCUGAGUGCCGAGCAGAAGGCAGAGCUGGUGAGAAUUUGUAACCCAGAGGACGUGGAGUGUCUUCAGUACCACCUGAGGGCAGCUUAUGGGUAUCGCCCAGCCGCUGGCCCUGCUCCAUCCUAUUCUGCCCUCAAGUGUGACCCCAAAGACCCCUACUGCAUGCCAAUACUGGUCCAGAAGGCACCAACUGGUUUCUACCACAUGAUGUACCCCACCUGUGACCCCGAUGUUGAUCCCCUGUGUGUGUCCAACGCCGCAGCUCCUGCUCCCAUUGAAGCAGGUCCUCCAAAGGAGCAACACUGCAACCCUCUGUUUGAUGCUGGCUGCAACCCUCUGAGUGCCACCAGGUUGUCAGGCCUGACCAAACCUGUCCUGGAGUACCCCAUCAAGAGUGCCCCUGCACCCCCUCCAGUUCCUCUGUCCUGUGACCCUCGCUACGAUCCAUACUGCAUUCUGGCAGCGGCCGCUGCCCUGCGCAAGCCUGCACCACAGAUCCCCGAACACCAGGUCCGCUACCAGCUUGGCAUCCGUGGAAAGACCAAGGAGGGCCACGACUGCUAUGUACACUAUGACAAAGACUGCAUCCCAGUGAAAUCUGGCCCUGAGGCCAAAGCUGACAUCAAGGGUCAAACAUCGCUGUCCUGCCAUCCGUACGAUCCCAACUGCUUUAAAUUCUCUUCACCCUCAGCCCUUGUGGCCUCAAAGCCCAGCAAGGAUGGCAUAAUUCUGCCUGACCCUGACUGUGACCCAGAGUUUGACUACAACUGCCGUCUACGUCGGUCAGAGCCUGCCGUUGCAGAUGAGCCUGCCGCUGAUGAGCCUGCAAAGGAGACACCUGUUCCACAGUCUGCAGUCCCACGUUUUGAAGACUUUCUCAAGAGUGUCAUGAAUCAGUAGAGGUAGAUGUUGGUGUAACAACUUCAGCUAAAGUUGGCUGCGAUGUCUUGCUGCCUAGGUUUGCUGGACUUUAUGGACCCCGCUCUUUAAACCUCAUGAGUUUAUUAAAAUCAACUUACGUUUCCAUGAAAUCUGAAGGUGUUUUUUCAUGUGUUUGUAAGGGAGAUGAUAAAAGACAACUAAGCAAAAACCAAAUUAUAUGUAAAACCCUUUGUGUAUUUAUGUUUGUAAGAAGAAAAAAAAUCAUGUAUAGAUGUGAGAUAGAGUAAGGUGUAGUGGGAUUAUUUGUCUUCCCCUGUUUGUACAUUUUCUGUUUCUGUUUGAGUUAACCUUAGUGUAUGUAAUGUUGAUAUUUCUCACAACUCUCUUUUGCUAUUAACAUCACAGCUUCUCACUUGAUUUUUUUUAUGAAGUUUUGAAUAAACAUAAAUAAAAUAUGUUGUUUUUUCGCAUAAGUUU